AUGCCAUCGUCAUCGGAUACUGGAGUAUCGAACACUAUGGAUCCUAUAGUGAGCGUGUCGGACGAUGAGAUUCUGUCAGAGAGUGAGGUCUACACGUCAGACACUACUAGCACGGAUGAGGAUGACUUCCAACCGUUUGCUCUUCCUGAUUUUGGAGAUGAUAUUCCUAUUGCUGAUGGCCCUUUCGAUGGGGACCUACCUCUUCUUCAGGUCCCUGCUCCUCUACCGCUCACCGCAGUACCCCUCGAGGAUCUGCCUAAUGAUGAGUUCGCUGAUGAUGACAUUGAUUUGUUCCUAGAGGGUCCCCCGGAGGGUGACCAGGAUGGUGUGGCCCUCAUGGAUGCCGAUGUCCCUUUUGCUGAUGAUCCUGUUGUCGACCCUGUUGUUCCCUUGGCUGAGAUUCCUGCUGAUGUGCCCAUUGCUGAUCCUGUCGUUCCAGUCGAGGCUCCCAUUGAGGAGGCUCCUUUUGAUCUGUUUGGUCCUUACUCAUUCGAGUCUGUAGCGUCCGUUUCACUGCACGCCCAGGGCAUACAGCACUAUUCCUCUGAUUCCGACUCAGACAUGGCGAUGUCUGUUGCGCCCCUCGACGUUGACCUAGAUCCGGAGGUCGAGUUUUUACCUGAUGAGCCUGCUCCUGUUGACCCUUUACCUGAGCCUGGUCAUGUCGAUAUACCAGACAUAGCACCACCUGUCAUUGUUGCGCCCGUCGAUUUACCACCGAUUUCGGAUGUUCCUGUUAUUGAUGCACCCAUUGUUGCACCCGUAGUACCUGUUUCGGCCCCUGUGCAUGCUGACCAUGCACCGUUUGCCGCUCACAUUGAUCGUCGUUAUGCUGACACCCGUAACGGGUGGAUCGAGGAUGAUGAUGACUACCCACCGUUUGUGCUACCCGUCACUCCUCCUGUAGCACCUGUUUCCACACCUUUUGAGAUUCCAUUAUUCCACCCACACACCUCUGACGUCCAUCGCACUGAUCUUCCCAUCGCAUUCCUCCAGGACAUUCCGCCACCUCGUCCUAGGGAGGGUUCAUCGAGGCAGCCGCCUGUUUUUGUUCCACCUGUAUCGUCAUCAGUUCCGUUCAUGUCCUAG